UAUUAUUUUAAAAUCAUAUUUGUGAGAUAUUUGUCGUCAGGUAAUGUUUUUAUUAGUUAGAAAAGCCCCUGUUUUGAAAAGUGAUAAAACUGUAACUUAUAUGUGGAUAAUAUGGCUAAAAACGGCUAAGAAUGGUGGCAGCCGUCAGUUCAGUAACGUUAAUGUUAAGUUGAUUGUGCUCGGGGUUUUAACAAAUUCAUUUAAGUAACAAUUGUCCUUUUAAUCGCUCUUUAUUCCCAAUUAAAUGAUCAAUUAGACGUGUUAUAUGAAGAACAGUGUCGAAACGGGAGCUUGAAUGAAUGAAUCAUAUGCUGUCCGUUUUAUACAGUUGUAAAAGGUGCCGAGUUCUGCUUUUGUACUGGUUUUAGCUCAAACACUGAACGAACAGUCUCUUUUUGAAAAGAAAGGAAUCAUGCAAGGAUGCAAGCUGAAGGAAAGGACAACUCUCACAUCAGUGCAUUACUAAUUGUUUGACUUCAUCAUCAAGCACACCAGCUCAGAUUGUGAUGGACCUGGAAUGCGACACCAGUUACUCUUAAGUCAAGAACCAAAUAAAGCACCAGAGUACAGAUUAUGGAGGUAUCUGAAAUUGAACUAACUGGAAGCAGGGAACCAUACUAAUAAAGUUCCUUUAGCAGGUUCCUUGUAAAGAUGAACCCAGGGAAGGAUCGAAAGUGGAGAAGACCAGAUCAAAAAAGACCACAUCAAGAUCUGCAGUCAGUUCAAAGGAUGUUUUGCAUUGGACUGUUUUUUUUUUUGGCUUUGACCCUUGCUCGCCCCUGACCUCACUCUUGGACUGCCCUGUUGGAUUUUCAGUUUAUUUAAUUUAAUUUUUAUUUUUAUUUUUUGGUUCUGGGAAAAUGCUAAUAAAUAUUUAGUUGUAAUUAUUUAAGUAUUAUGUUUAGUUAAAUAUGCGAUUUCUGUGUUUGUUCCGUCUACUCAUACUUGUUUAUCUUGUUUCUGUAAUUAUCAUUUGUUUAUUUGACCCCUGCCUCGCCUUUGAUCUUGUUUUUGGAUUGCCCUUUAUAUAUCUUUUUAAUUAUUGGUUCUGGCUUUAUGGUUAUAAAAUAUUUGUUAAUUUAAAUAAUAUGCAUUUUAUAAAAAUAUAUAUAUAUAUUUUCUGUGUUUAUUCUGUAUCUAUCUAAUUUGUAUAUACAUUUGUGUUUGUAUGUUCUUCUUAUUCUGUGUAUCCACUUACCUAAUUUUAACUUUUAUAUAUAUUUAUUUGCAUUUAAUUUGUGAUAAUUCUGUAUGCAUUUAUUUAUCUAAUUCAUAUAUUUAUUUGUAUUGCAUUGAUCAAACUGUUGUUGUUUUUUUUGUAUGCAUCUAUUUAUAUAAUUUAUAUAAAUUAUAUAUUUGUAUUUAUCAAUUUAUAUGCUUCCUUUAAAGCAUUUUUUUAAAUAAAGCAAUUUAAACUAAGCAUUCCUUUUAAUGUGAUUUAUAUAGCUACCAAAUGUAGAUGUGAGCCACAUCCAACCCAAAAGUCAGCCGCAACUGAACCAGAUCUGGGCCAGAUCUGUGAAAUUGCAUGGACCACGUCUGGGCCAGAUCUGAGAAACUGCAUGGGCUGCAUUUGGGCCAGAUCUGAAAAAGUGCAUGGGCCGCAGCUGGGCCAGAUUUGAGAAUGUGCAUGGGCCGCAGCUGGGCCAGAUCUGAGAAAAUGUAUGGGCCACAUCUGGCCCAGAUAUGGACCAUGCUUUUUCUGAGAUAUGGCCCAGAUCUGGUUCAGUUGUAGCUGACUUUUGGAUCCUUAUGUCAGCCACAAUCAGGUUGAGUCAUCGCCGUCAUUCCGCACGGUAUGUGGGCCAGAAGAAAAUGGGGGAUGUGGGCCAUAUCUGGGCCAGAUGUAAUUUGCUAUCUGGGUUACACCUUCAACCCACCUGAGAAUCGCCUGAGUUUGAUACCAGAAGCGCUGCUUCAAAACAUCGGAUUCACUUCUGGCGAUGGUGAACGAGUAUUAAUGCUGGAUGUGGGAUGCAACUCGGGGGAUUUGUCUGUUGCUCUAUAUAAGCAUUUACUAAACAAGGAGGCCUGUACAAGUGACUCUCCUAGACAAGAGCUGUACAUGCUUGGAUUUGACCUGGACCAAGAUUUAAUCCUCCGUGCACAAACUUCAAACCCCUUUCCCCAAAAUAUCCAGUUUAUCCCUCUGGAUAUCACAGAUGAUACUGAAAGCCGAGCAGUGCUACAGGCCUUCUUGGGGAAGUUUGGAUGCAGCCGUUUCCAUUUGAGCACUUGUUUUGCUGUGACCAUGUGGGUGCAUCUGAACCACGGAGACGCUGCGUUUCUUUCUCUUCUGUCCAGACUGGCAUCUCACAGUGAGUAUCUGCUGUUAGAGGCGCAACCAUGGAAGUGUUACCGUUCUGCUGCGCGCCGGUUACGCAAACUAGGCCGCAGUGACUUCGACCACUUUAAGGCCCUUAAGAUCCGAGGAGACAUGGCGGCACAUGCUAGAGAGCACUUGGAGAAGCAGUGCAGCAUGGAGCUGGUGCAGUGUUUCGGUAAUACGUCGUGGGACAGAAGCCUUCUGCUCUUUAGAAGACAAUGAUAAAGAUCAACACAAUCAGAGUGUGGAUGAAGUUUUAAGUGCUCAGUCUUCUGACUAUAAACAGAAAACAGACUCCUUACCCUUGUCUGGAAUGCAAACGCUGGUUAUGUCAUUCCAUUUAGUCAACACAAGAGGGCACUGCAGAUCCUUGGUUUUGACAUUUAUUCAAUGGAACUUUUUAUUGUGUGUUUGAUAUUCAUGCCGUAGUCAACAUUUAAAAUAGACAAAA